GUGAGUGUUUUAAGCUUUUAAUACUAAUUUAUCCAUCAUUAUCUUGGUCCAUCUCUCACAUCAAUAAUGGUUAAAUGUAGGUACUUAAGUUCGCAUUUGCCUCACUUGAAAAGUGUCUGUUUUACAAGAGCCUUGAAGACAUAUCUGUCCUUACUAUAUCAAUAUUUUUGUAUGUCUGUGGGCAAUAUGCUGUUUCUUUCAUUAACUUUUAGGCUUUUAUUGAAUCAAGACUAAGUUUAUAUAAACAUUAAAUGAAUUGAUUAGCAAGUUAAAGUGCGCRCGCUGAUCAUUYGAAAUUCACUUUUGGMCGUGGGAUCUUGUGAUGUGCUAUUAUCAGAUCAAAAUUACGUGAUGUUGUUACAAAAGAUCGUUGUGGUUAUCAUCUAAAUCAACCGGCAUUUGUUUUCUUUCUAAGCCUGACGUACUAAUGCACUUAUCUUACACUUUGUAAACUCACAACCGCAGAGUUUGUUUUGAACUAAAUGGCGAAGAAAUGGAGCAAAAUUCUUCGAGUAAAUCGAUCAAAACCCCAGUAAUAACAGGAAAAGAGCACKUAUUUGGUGGAGAAAGGUCGAAAAACAUGACCUUYAAAAGCAAAGCAAGGCAAGUAUGGAUGGCAAACUUAAUCGCUAAGCAAAGACCAACAGAAAUCACAUCGAAGACACAUCCAGGAAAUAAUGAAAAAAGAAACAAUAUACCACUUAGCACUAACGAGGUUACUCGCCCGCCAACUGUGAAACGAAAAGGAACGCCCGAGAUAUUCCCAAUGUCAUCAGAAAUGAAGAAAACGUUACUAUUGCUCGGGAAUUUAGACCUUCUACCACUAGAAGAACGACCUCAACAWACAGCAAUCAGCGAWGGACAGACAAAGAACUCGCUGAAUAAAUUUCGACUUAAAACCAAACAGAAAAUCAUUCAACCUCAGAGGUUUCUUCGUGGUAUGAGAGCUGAUUCAGUUAGAAAGCAAUCUGUAAAAGAAGAAAUAUUCACUGAUGACAGGAUUGGAACAACUGAUGAUUUAAUCAAUUCAAAARCAGGUUCUCUUGAUGAGAGCAAACAAGAAAACACAUYACUUGGAAAUAGCAGAAAASAMAAUGAAGGCACGCAAGAAACAUAUCGAGAAAGAAGAGUUAAAACUGCGCACGUUUUUACUUCUCCUAAUUUCCAUUCGACAAAAAGAGACGCAUGGAGCAAAUCGUUUCAUAAAUAUCAAGCUGUCUACGCCAUAGCAAACUCUCCAAUCAAAGCAAACAGACGUUCCGAUUUAAAGAGAACACGAAAAAAUCAUUUAUCCAGCAAGACAUGGCAACCGGAUACAGAUUUUCAAAGGUUUCCUAUUCAACCAAUACGGCGUGCAAUUAGUAUGGGAAUUGAACAUACAGCGAGUAKGGAAUAUGACAGCAGUGACAAUGCAGAUGUUAUGAGAGAUGGUAAAACCAUUGAUGAAAUAACUAAUGAUAUCCAGCUAAGAUGUUCUAAAUGGUUUGAGUUUCGACAAAAGAUAUUAAAACAAAGAUACAUGAAGCAGAAAAGAGAAAGCUGCGAAUAGAAUCAAAAACACGGUGUUAAUUACAAGARCUGUAUCUCAGAUACCUUCCUACGUUACAAAAAUUGAAUAUUUUCAUUAGUUAAAACUGGUUUAUUAUAGUAGAUUUAUGGCAGAAUCAAUAUAAUCACUAAACUCCAAAAUGCAAGAAGGCUUAAUGAGGAUAAUCCAUUAAGAUUCGGUUGAUCUCAAUUCAAGAUUCGUACUUUUUCAUUAUGCAACACUUAUCUCUCCUAAUUUCCAUUUUGUGUUUAGCCUUGCGACUAUCUAUUUUCCAUGCAUUAUAUCGAUUUUAUCUAUCUUUCGGCGCGCAUUACAGCAGAUACAAUCAUAUAUUAGGGAGGGAUGGGCGGCAUGUCUAUGAUAUCAGAAGAAGUGCGCGUCAAUAGGACUUUUGCGCGAUGACGUCAUUCAUUUUAUUACAGAUACCACGUGUUCUUAAUCAGAUAGAAUACAAACACUAAAACUGUGCAACAUAAAUACCACUAAAUACUGCUAAAUUAUGCUAAUUCUAUUGUUUUCUAU